AUGCCUCCUCCAGGCUCAACGCACAGCAAAUUUGAGCGGCAUGGAGGACAAAGCGAUCCACUAGUGAUAGGGGAGUUUUCUUCAGAGUCUGGAAUAGAUGAUCUUGGCCUAUCUCAGACAAGUUUACGAAAUAUGUAUGAAGACGACGAUUUAAUCUCCAGAGCCCUAUCAAACCAAAGAUCCAUAACUGGUUUUCCAAUAACACGUAGCAACAAAGUGCUGGAUAUGGACAGAAAAUUGGAAAAAAGCUUUAAAGAAAAAAUUAUCCUGAAGAACGACUUGGUCAAAGAAAUGAUUGCAGAACUCCUAGGGACAUUUGUGAUGGUUACCCUUGGAUGUGGUAGUAUAGCCCAAGCAGUCCUCAGCCGAUGGAUCCUGGGUCAAAUUAUAACCAUAAAUGCUGGCUUUUCAGCAGCUGUUGCACUGGGUGUUUAUGUGUCUGGUGGCGUCUCUGGUGGUCACAUUAACCCAGCCGUGUCCUUUACGAUGUGUUUCUUUGGACGGAUGAAAUGGUUCAAGUUGCCUUUCUAUGUAGCAGCCCAGUUUGUGGGGGCUUUUUUAGGGGCUGCAGCCCUCUUUGGAGCUUACCAUGAUGCACUGAUGGACUUCGCUGGAGGACAACUGAUCACCUCAGGAGAAAAUGCGACAGCACACAUUUUUGCAACCUAUCCAGUUAGUUACCUGUCAGUGCCAAAUGCAUUUGCAGAGCAAGUGCUGUCAUCCAUGUUCCUUCACUUGAUUGUCUUUGCCAUUUUUGAUGAUAAAAAUUUGAGGGUCCCUAAAGGCCUAGAACCCUUUGCCAUUUUCAUGCUGAUCCUCGUCCUCACUUGUGCAUUGGGAAUGAAUGGUGCUGCCAUGAAUCCAGCCAGAGAUCUGGGUCCCAGAGUGUUCACGGCUCUGGCAGGUUGGGGGUUUGAAGUCUUCACAGCUGGAAAUCAUUUCUGGUGGAUCCCAGUACUGGGACCUGUGGUUGGUGGUAUUCUAGGAGGCUUCAUCUAUAUUUACGGCAUUGAAAUUCACCAUGCACACCCAGCUCCAGGACAAAGGCUUCAAAAAGUGGACGAGAAACACGAACUUAGUGUGAUGAUGUAACAGCCUACCUUCUUCUGGGUUUUGCAGUUGAUUAUACCCAAGGGUCUAUAACUAUCUGUUAACUAAAAGUACAGAUCUGAUGAAGUUGUAAGACUGAAAGCUAGGGGGAAAUCCACUCACUUGGCCUGCUGGCCCAAUGGGAGAGAUGCUUCAUUGAAAAGCAGUGGGCUAGAGGUUACUGCCUUUGGCUCUGCAGAUUGAAAGUUCCCCUAGGAAAGCACUUGAGAUAGAAUCUUCUAAUAGAACAGAACUCCUUCUCCCCUUACCCCCAUUUUGAUUUCAUCCUUGUGAUGUUAGUCCUAUGGAGUAGGGCAUUUGAUUACUGACCUGUUCAUCUAGAUUUAUUCCAGCUGCAUUAUCUAUAAAAAAAAUACUUCAUUCAGUGACAUUGUACAUCAGACCUUUUAUUGUAUGAAUCCCCCCCAAUUUUUUUUUGAGUAUCAAGGUAUGUAUUCAAAAGUAUACAGUUGUCUCAGUUAACUUAUCAGUGUAUGGAAGUUUAUGGUACUUAAGGUUCUAGCCAGUUGUCAACUCUGUUGCUAUAACACAUUCACUGGUUAAAUAUGUAUCCUCAGAAAUGGUUUUGCCUAAAAGUUGAGAACAUUUUAUUUUUACUUUGAAAAAUUUUAUUUAAUUAAUUGAUUUAGAAUAUUUUCCCAUGGUUACA